UGCUUCACCUGCGGAGCCUGCAGUCGAAAGCUGAGAGGAAAAGCCUUUUACUUUGUCAACGGCAAGGUGUUCUGUGAGGAAGACUUCCUGUAUUCUGGUUUCCAGCAGUCAGCUGACAGGUGUUUCAUUUGUGGUCAUUUGAUAAUGGACAUGAUCCUGCAGGCUUUAGGGAAGUCUUAUCAUCCAGGCUGCUUCCGCUGUGUGGUUUGCAACGAGUGUCUGGAUGGUGUGCCAUUCACUGUGGACUCUGAAAACAAAAUCUACUGUGUCAGAGAUUACCACAAGGUUUUAGCUCCAAAGUGUGCAGCAUGUGGACUUCCCAUUCUGCCCUCUGAGGGGUCUGACGAGACCAUCAGGGUUGUGUCCAUGGACAAGGAUUACCAUGUGGAAUGUUACCGCUGCGAGGACUGUGGGAUGGAGCUGAACGAUGAAGAUGGACAUCGCUGUUACCCGCUAGAUGAACAUUUGCUUUGUCACUCCUGUCACCUGAAACACAUAGAGAAUGGCACUACCCCAGCAGCUGUGUACCAGCACCACUACUAGCUAGCCUGGCCGAGAUGGGAAAGCCCAGACAGAAGACUUGUUACGUGAUCUCCCUCUCCCCACCCUCAGUUGAUUUCCUGUGCAUGUUUCCCACCGGUCGGCAACGUUCCUGUCAAAGGAUAUGAGGGAUUUUUUGCUGGAUUCCUAGAGCCUGUGUGCUUGUGAGUUCCAGCUGUAUCAAACCAUGUCUACUUGACCAAGAAUGUGACGUGUUCUGUAAACUGAUCAGUUUACUUUUAUGUGCCUUUUUCUGCUCUGGAGAGUCUUCUUGGCUCAUUUUGGCAGAUUCUUCAGUGAAAGCACAACUUGCUGCCCUGCCUCUGAACUCAGACCCUGCCAUGCACAGCUGAAGAGCCAGAGGCUUGACUGCCUGGCUGCCGGGGACAUCCUGGCAGUCUACUAAGUGUUUCCUGGCAAGCACAUUUCAACAGAUUCCCUGAAGGACAUCAACCUGUUAAUACCAGUUUUUAGACACUCUCUUUUUAUUAAUUCUUCAGGAAAAGAAA